AUGAAUUCUUAUACUGAGACAAGUUUUAAGACAGAAUCUCAAAGUUCACUUCAUCAGAAUAAUGAUGUGAUAACUACUUCAAAGAAAUUUUUUAAAAUUGAUAUGCAUACGUAUCAUUUUUUCUUUUUGCUAAUUUUUGAAAAAAAAAGGCAUAUUCUUCCAAAGCAUUGGCCUGAUCUUAAAAAAAAGUAUGGAUACGGUGGAUGGGUACAGCUAAAUCAUCAUGAACCGGGUAAGGCAAGAAUGAUCAUUGAUGGGAAAAAUUUUCGUGAAAUUCAAUGCAAUUGUUGGUCCGCGGAUGAAAGAGUACGAGAAUGUGAUAAUACAGGUGUUAACGUACAGGUCCUUUCCACAAUCCCCGUCAUGUUUUCAUAUUCAGCAAAACCUCAACAUACUCUUGAUUUGGCGCGUUAUCUUAAUGAUCACAUUGCACAAGUAUGUGACGAAGAUCCAAAACGGUUUAUUGGACUUGGUACACUUCCGAUGCAAUCACCUGAAUUGGCAGUACAAGAACUUAAAAGAUGUGUUAACGAACUUGGUCUUGCUGGUAUUCAAAUUGGAAGUCAUGUUAAUGAAUGGAAUCUGGAUGCACUAGAAUUGGAUCCAAUUUGGGAGGCAUGUAACGAGCUUAAAGUUCCAGUGUUUAUCCAUCCAUGGGCCAAAUUUUUAGGAUAUGGAAAACAAAGGUCGAAUGGAAAAUCUUCUACAACCAAAACACUAGAUAACCUAGCAAAACUCCAUACACAAUCUCAAAGAUUCCGUCGUGAAUUAGAUAACGAUUUGAAACAACUAUACACCACCGAUGAAACAGAAAUAAAUGAAUCUCUGGAACAUUUUGUCAUGGAACAAAGGCAAAUUAGAAAGUCCUUGGUUAAAUCUAACAAGGAAAUUCAUGAUAUGUCCGCUGUCAAAAGAAUGUUAUCAGAAAUUUAA